UUCCUCCAUGUCAACUAGACAACUGUCAACACUGACUGAGAAGAUCUCUGAGAGGAGAAUACUCUUGACUUACGCCUCCUAAUCAGCACAACAUGAAGGUUGUUGGAUCUACCUGUGCCCUGAAGACCAAGGUCGGGGGAGAGAUCGGCCUGUCCGAGCAGAGCCUCGCCAUCUCCAAGUGCAAGAUCCCGCUGCUGGACGAGCAGAUGAGCGUCUUCCUCCAGGACAUGAACAGCUGCUACAGCAAGCUGAAGGAGCUCGUGCCCACCCUGCCCACAAACAAGAAGGCCAGCAAGGUGGAGAUCCUGCAGCACGUCAUCGACUACAUCUGGGACCUGCAGGUCGAGCUGGACGAGCCGGAGAAGAGCCGCCAGCACGCCGUCAGCGGCGCGCCGCGCACUCCGCUCACCACGCUCAACUCGGAGCUCGCCAGUAUCUCAGUGGAGAACGGAUGCUCGGACGACAGGAUAAUGUGCCGCUAAGAUCCAGUGGAGCACCUCCCCAUCAUCCCACCGUCUGCGCCCGCCAACCAGAACCGACAAGGCGACUUGAUGUGAAUCCACAUCUAAAUCCUGAGCCUUGAACUGUGUAGGGACGUUUGAAACUCCCAACUGUUAGAAAAAGGACAUCCUCAGGCCGAGAUGGUCUCAACCAGCUCUCGAUUCCUCCGAGGGCUCCUGGGACCAGAGGAGCACCCGUGGUGUCCAGAUGCAGAAGACAGGGUUAGUCCGGGGGACCAAGACAAGUCCAGAGCAACCAGCGCUGCUCGUAGAGUUUUACGUCUCUGUUACACUCUGUAUAAUCACGUGUACAUCAUAUACAGAUCUCAAUAUUUUGUGAAAGGAAAGCUAUUUCUCAGAUUCCUGAGCGACCAAACUGUAUUGUAUAUUACAAUGCCAUAUAUGUGAAGAUAUUGUUUCUUGCAAUGUACUUUAUUUGCGUUUUUAUUAAAACAAGAACACUAUUUUUGAACAAGAA